UCAUGGGUUUCCCCGAAAUCCUUGAUUUAGUGUUCAUCGUUUCUGUCUUAUCCUUCAACGUUGUAACCUCUGCUUGCUCCGGCGAAAAUUGCCAGGUUCUUGAGGAAUGUUCAGACUGUGGAGCAGGGAUGUUCUGCCUGUCAUGUCCGCUGGGAUUUUCAGGUGCAAAAUGUGUUAGAUCCACAGCCACAGAUCAGUUCAAGCUAUUGAACAACUCUCUACCGUUCAACAAAUAUGCGUUUUUGACUACCCAUAACGCAUUCUCCAUUACUGGUUGGUCAUCUCGUACUGGUGUUCCCAAUGUUGCCCCUAAAAACCAAGAAGAUUCCAUCACCCAACAGCUCAAUAACGGAGUUCGGGGGUUAAUGCUGGACGUGUACGAUUUCCGAGGAGAUGUGUGGUUGUGCCAUUCAUUUGGAGGCAAAUGUUAUGACUUUACAGCUUUUGAGCCUGCAGGGGACACGUUGAAGGAAAUCGAAGCUUUUUUAUCAGCCAAUCCAUCAGAAAUCAUAACGAUAAUCUUGGAAGACUAUGUUAGUGCCCCGAAAGGGUUGACCAAGGUUUUCACAGAUGCCGGGUUGAUGAAAUACUGGUUUCCUGUGUCAAAUAUGCCCAAAAAUGGUGGAGAUUGGCCUCUUGUUAGUGAUAUGGUUGCUAAAAACCAGAGGCUUUUGGUGUUCACUUCGGUCAAAUCCAAGGAACAGAGUGAAGGCAUUGCAUACCAGUGGAAUUACAUGGUGGAAAAUCAAUACGGGGAUGGUGGAAUGAAGAAAGGGAAUUGCCCGAAUCGGGGAGAAUCACCACCACUUACGGACACUACUAAAUCACUGGUUUUGGUGAACUUCUUUGGUUCAGUUCCAUUGGAGCCAAUGGCUUGUGUGCAAAACUCAGGGCCCCUGAUUGACAUGGUGGGCACAUGCUAUCUUGCUGCUGGUAAUCGUUGGGCUAAUUUCUUGGCUGUUGAUUUUUACAAGAGAAGUGAAGGAGGAGGAACAUUUCAAGCUGUUGACAAGCUGAAUGGGGAGCUGUUAUGUGGGAAAGAUGAUGUGCAUUCUUGUGUGGGAGGAUCUAAAUAAGGAGCCUGCAGAAGGUGGAAUACAUCAAUACAAGAACACUGCAAGACAUUCUAAUAAUCAUAGAUUAUGCGACUUCAAAUUGCAAAUUUGUCGGCAAAUGACAACAUAAUUUAGGUGCAUUUCAGGCUAGCUAUAAGCAUAGGCAAGGAGGAUGUAGUAAAGUUGUAUAAAUGACUAUUGAGCAACGUGUUUAAGUCAGUUAUAAUGUCACACUAAAAGUGUGAA